AUGCCUUCCUCUACCGUUCCUGGAGGUUUUGUGUGUUGUAGAGCCUCAGGAGCUCCAAACUUCAAACGUGAUGCCAUCUUCUACGUUCCUGGAGGUUUUGUGUGUUGUAGAGCCUCAGGAGCUCCAAACUUCAAACGUGAUGCCUUCUUCUACGUUCCUGGAGGUUUUGUGUGUUGUAGAGCCUCAGGAGCUCCUCAAUCAGACAGUGUAUUUCUACUCGUAAGAACUCGAUGCGCAGUAGUGUGGAAAGAAGCUCAAGGAAGUUCAUACAGAAAACUGUUCAAUUGA